CAUCUCCCUGUCUUUAUCUUAUCUGAUCUUAUGCGCCGUUUUAUUGUCAUGAAAUUCCAACGCUAAACUCAGGUUCCGCCGUGUUCACUACUAUCUCAACCAUCAACAACACUAGUUUCUUCCUCCUUUGUUUUCAAUUUUUACGAGGGUAAGUUGGUUUCUGCAUCAAUAUUUUGAAUGGCACUUUUUUGGUUUCUGCAUCUCUAUCUCUCCCAGUUCAAAUGGAUCACGGCACUCCUCCAAAAGCACUCAGAAAUCAGAAUGCGGGGCAUAGACCUCCCCGAUGACCUGAUCGUGGAAGUUCUAUCAUUGCUUCCAGUGAAAUCUUUGUUGCAAUUAAAGUGUGUGAAUAAGUCUUGGAAUUCCCUCAUCUCCGAUCCCAAAUUCGUCAAAUUGCACCUUCAGCUAUCAACGCCGAACAGGAACCUAGCACUAGUCCAAUAUGAUCGCCCGGAUUGCCGUGUCUUAACCUUCCCACUGAAUCACUUACUGCAUAACCCGUCGACCACCAUUCCCACCCACCAAUUUAUAUGCAAGGAUAAUAUCCAAUUCCAAGUCAUUGGUUCCUGCCAUGGCUUGAUCUGUUUGCUCCGUAAAUCUUACACAUCUGACCAUACAAACAUUCAUUUCCGUUUCUGGAACCCGGCCACAAGGGUAAUAUCAAAAGAAUUAGGAUCUUUUCAACAAUCUAACUAUCAUGCACAUGAUAGGCAUAGGUACAUAUUUGGUUAUGAUAACUUCACUGGAUCUUACAAGGUAGUGUUAAUGUGUUCUGGCAAGGUGAAAAUUUUCAAUAUAGGUGAUAAUAUUUGGACUGAAAUUUCAAGUUUUCCUCGUUUUGACCACGAUGUUUCUCUUGGCUCUGAUCGUGUGAAUAAUGGAGUGUAUUUGAAUGGAACUGUUAACUGGAUUGCCUUUCAAGAUGAUUUGAGUUGUAGUACUUAUUCUUGGAUGCAGAGGGAUACUACUCUUGAGCAAUAUAUGAUUAUCUUGCUUGAUCUUGGUACGGAGACAUACAAACAAUUGCAGCCUCCUCGUGGUGAUGGUGUUAAUUUAGUAGUUCCACGUUUUGAGCCAACUAUUGCUGUCUUAAUGGAUUGUUUGUGUUUUUCUCACUAUGUUAAGAGAACUCAUUUUAUUAUAUGGAAGAUGACAAAAUUUGGAUUUGAACAAUCUUGGACUCAAUUUCUUAAAAUUAGUUUUCAGAAUCUUCAAGUAGAUAAUAAUUUUAGUGACUGGAAUCAGUAUCAGACAUUUAUGUUCCCAUUGUGUCUUUCUGAGAAUGGUGAGACACUGAUAUUGGCAAGCUCUCUGCCAGGCCUAUGCCAAGUAAUUCUCUAUAAUUUGAGACGUAAUAGAGUAGAGAGAACUAAAGAUCUUGGAAGGAUAUGGUCUUUCGCCAAGGAUUAUGUUGAAAGUUUGGCUUCAAUUCGUUGAAAGGAAGUUCCUUUAUGAUGUGGUGGGCUUGACUUUGAGCAUUCAAACGUGUAACCAAACACUCACCUCUAAGUGUGAAUCUCAAUUGUUUGGGGAUCUGGUCAGUAGUUAUCUCAGAAUGGCGUUUUGGAGUAGUGGAGGGGGUUACUACCAUUGCUUAAUUGUUUGCAUACAUUGCUACAUUGUGAAGAGUACUGAUUAGCAUGAUUCAUA